UAUCGCGCAUGACAAUAAUAGGUCGAUUUCCAUGAUCUGAUGAGCGGACUCCCCGAGACUAAGUCAUCGAAGACCUUCUAAAUCCAGGGUGAUGGAUCCUUUCUCUGGUGGAUAACUGGAUAAACGCCAAUUUUCAAUAUGUCUGAACGCUCCAGAAAUGAUUCCUCAAGUAGCCACUCCAAUCAGAAAAGUGAAAGCACAAGAGGCGACAGGUUGUCAUCUCAAAGCAACAGCAAUGCGUCCAUUUCUCAGUCCAAAAAGAAUCAGUUUGACCCAGGAGGCUUGAAAAAAGAUGAUGGCAUGGACCAAGUGAAGUCAAAUUUACCUCUUGAUAAAACACCUGAAGAAAAGGGAAAGACAAACGAAACCAUAGAAGACUCACACGGAAAGAACUCUCAGCCUGUGAGGUUGCUCUUGGUGUCCAAUAAGAUCAAGAACCAUGGGCCAGUAGUCAAUGCUGUCCUUCCACAUGUCAAGUUGGUGCAAUAUAAGUAUGAGACUGUUAAACUGGAGACAAUCAAGAGUGAUAUUUCUCAGGCACUGGAUGGAAAAAUGGCUGCCAGUAUUGCAUGUGUGUUGCAUACAAAGCCAGGAACCAUCCUUCUAUGUUCUAGUGGUGACUGCAGGGAGGUACUAACGUCAGGGAAUGGAUCAGACAAUUGUAGUAAUGUGAAGGACUUCUUCAAAUAUCUCACUUCGAAUCAUCUGGACAUAACUGCAAUUGGAGCCAGGAUAGACUUUCUUGCCUGUAGUGCUCUCAGACCCCCUGAGAUUGGAAAACUUGUACCACUAUUUGAAAGUGUCACUCAGGUACCGGUAGGUAUAUCCAAAGAAAUUCUUGGAACAGAUAUACAGAUGAAAAGUAACCCCAACUCAUUCCAUUGCGUUGGAGAGAUGUAUUUUGAAGUGGAGAAACUGAAGAAUUGGAGCCCUCAGCCCCAGAAAUUGGCUGGAUUUGAAAGAAUUAGAACAGUUGGGAAAGGUGCAUAUGGUGCUGCUGUGCUGUACAGGAAAAGAGAUGAUGACUCUCUUGUGAUCCUCAAAGAAAUUAACAUGCAUGAGCUAAAUGCAAAUGAAAGACAAAUGGCCCUCAAUGAGAUUCGGGUAUUAAGCAUGCUAGAUCAUCCGAACAUCAUCAGCUACUAUGACAGCUUUGAAGAAGAGGGUACUCUUAUGAUUGAGAUGGAGUAUGCAGAUGGAGGGACUUUGGCCGAGUACUUGGCUAGCAACCAGGGUAAGAGUGAGAUGGAAGAAAGAGAGAUUCUUAUCAUGUUUCAACAGAUGGUUUCUGGUAUCAGACAUGUUCACGAUCACAUGAUUUUACACAGAGAUCUCAAAACAGCGAAUAUCUUUCUCACCAAGGAGGGUGUGGUCAAGAUUGGUGACUUUGGUAUCUCCAAGGUGUUAUCAUCUAAUAAUCCAGGAGCUAACACUGUGCUUGGCACACCAUACUACAUCUCACCAGAAAUAUGUGAGGGGAAACCAUACAAUGGCAAAUCUGACAUCUGGGCACUGGGUUGUAUCUUGUAUGAGAUGGCUUGCAGACAGAAGACCUUUGAAGGAACCAAUUUACCUGCUCUUGUAAAUAAGAUCAUGAAGGGUCAGUUCACGCCUGUUAAAGGAAACUUCAGCCAAGAGUUCAAGUCUUUGGUACAAGACAUGCUUCAAAGGGAACCUGAGUAUAGACCCUCUGCCAAUGCCCUCGACUUCAAUCACAUUCCCGUGCUCAUGGAAAAGUUCAUUGACCUCACAACAGAUGUAGAUGAUGAACUGGCCGCCUCUACAGACAGUUCUCACAGGAAAAGAACAAGGUCUGUGCUAUAUCAGAUUGAUACAUCCCUGCCUGGAAUCCCGCCUAUCCCUUUCAAAAUUGAACUGCCUACUAUACUCAAGAUAAGACAGGUUGCCGUCAGCAGGACUCACAUUGCCCUUGUGACCUAUGAGAGGGUAGUGUACAGCUGGGGGGAAGGGAGCAAAGGUCAAUUGGGUCACGGUGACCUUGACCCAAGGAAUGUACCCACCUCGGUUGAAGCUCUCAAAGGAAAAUCAAUCACAAGAGUUGCUUGUGGAGCAGGAUUCAGUGUGUUUGGCAGUGACAAUGGCAUUGUAAUGACAUGUGGAGAUGGUUCUACAGGUUGCCUUGGACAUGGUGAUUACCACAGUGCUUCCCGACCACGUCUCAUUGAAACACUGCUCAGUGUGGAUGUUACAAGUAUCUCAUGUGGACCUGAGCAUGUGGUGGGAGUAGGUGUAGAUGGAGAGAUCUUUGCCUGGGGGAAGGGCAAAGAUGGAAGACUGGGACUCGGAGAUGAAGAAGAUUUCUGUGAACCUAUGGAGGUGACCCUUCGUGACCCUGUAUUCAUCCAAGAGGUCAAGUGUGGCGUGGAUGGUACAAUGUUUCUUACAGACAUGGGCUGCUUGCUGGCUUGUGGCAGUAAUGCCUACAACAAGCUUGGACUCAACCACAGGCAAGGUUUCUUGGCAUCCAUGAAGAACAUGUUCACAAAGACUGAGGUGGAGGGAAGGAAGGUUCCCACAGCCGUGAAAGCUCUGAGCAAGUUCCGUGUGCUUGACAUGGUGGUAGGACCCCAUCACAGUGCAGUGGUAGUAGAGCCAGGUCUCGUCUACAUGUUUGGCAAAAACCAGCAUGGUCAACUUGGCUUUGGUAACACAAAGCCCAGGGAAGCCCCAGCACAGGUUCAAACUAUGGCUGAUAAACUCAUAUCAACUGUUGCAUGUGGAGAAGACUAUACAGUAGCAGGAGCCAUGGAUAAUUUCCUUUAUUUGUGGGGCAAAGGAUGGUUGACUUCAGAUCCAGGUAAUGACAGUACCCAAAGCAGUCUGGAGCUCAGCCAGCCCAAAGGUCAAGAGGCCAACAAUGGUCAUAGGUCACUGGGAUCAACAGGCAGUCUGAAGAUUCCAAUGGAUGUGAUUAUGGAGUCCACAAAGGACGAUGUGGAAAAAGCUGACUCCAGCUCUCCAACUGAAGACUCCUCUACACUGAGUGCUGCAACUACUCCAAGAGCAGAAGUUGGAUCAGGUGGAGGUAAUCGUCGUCACAUGACCAGUGCUACCAGUCAGAUGAGCAUUGACAGUGUAGAGAGGUCUGAACUCUUCCUCCAGCCAACUCCUAUACUCAAGCUAGGUUCAGAGGGUAAUGACGAAUCAUAUGAGCUCAGUCUCAGUCAAGUGUUCUGCCAGGGAGAAAACAUCUUUGUUCAAUUAGAAACAAGCUGUCCACUGCCUAGAAAGAAGUCGAAGAGAAAAAGAAGAAAUUUCCUUCGAAAAUUGAGCAACAACAGCCUUCUCAAUUCUGCAAACAGUACUGGUCAGCCAUCUAACCUAAGUAAUGAUGCUGGAGAUGAGUAUACCAGCUCAGAAACAUCAGAGCUUGAUACUCAAGGAAAUAUCCCCACAUGGCUGCAGAAGGAGCUCAAGGAAUCUUUGGAUGCUGCUGUGGAUGAAAAUGAUGCAGAUGAUAGUGAGGAGGAUGGUCUCAAUGGAGGUCAUUCAGAAGAAACCAAUGCCAAGGAGGAUGAGAAAGGGGUCAAACAUGUGGCACAUCUUAAUGCCAAGGACAUCAAAGCAUACUUCAGGGCUUUGAAAGCAGAUCAAAGUAGAAAACCUGACCAAAUAACGCGGAGGGACAGUAAUACAAAGAGAGGAUAUGAUGGUCAGAACAUUCCUGUAUUGGUAAAGAAGGCUUCAGGUGAGAUGCAGGUUAUCACAUCUCCAGAGAGUGGGGUAGAUUUCAACACAGGAGAUCCUAUGUCCAGUGACUCAGGCUCAGAACUCAGGCAACCAAAAGAUAGAAUACCUGAAGAAGCUACCAAACAAGGAAAGAAGUUUGCUUAUGUGGCCACAGCAGCUAUGCAUGCAAGUAAAGUGAGUCCUUACAAGCAGCAGAAGCCUCCCGUUCCAGGUGUUCAGAGACAACUCAACAGGUUACGCAUGGCUAGAGGCAGGGCUAGAACCAGUUCCUGGACCAUAGAGGGCCUGCUUAAAGACAACCCCAAGAAGCCUGGAGAAGGAAUCAAAGAGCUUAAACUCCAGCAGGAGCUGCAGCGACUUCAGGAGGAGAAAGAGAAAACUGAAGCACAACUCAGGAAGCUGGAGGAUGAGAAAAAGAGACAGACAGAGGAGAUUGAAGAGAAGGCCAAUCAAGCAGCUAAGGAACGUGAGCAAAUCCUGAAGGGUGAAAUAAACCUAUUGCGUAAUGAGCUGGUAGACCAGAGUCACAAGAUGGCUGACAACAACAAGAUGAUGAUUAAUCUUCAAGAACAGCUAAUGAACCUGCAGUCUGAACAGCUGAGGUUGAGUGCAAGGGAGAAGAGAGCCACUUCCAGUGUCAUGCCUAGAGGAAAACCAUCCUCUACGCAGAGCAAGAUAUGCACACUCAGUUGAUUUUAGGAAUGCUUACUUGAUCUGAAGUCCUAGUAGCUAGUCAUCUUCAACAGGAAUACUUGUCACCAUUUGCAAAAACAGUUAUAGUUGAGUGAAAGUCAUUAGUGGACAGUCAAGCCAUCUUCUGCAAGAUAUGCAUUUGUAGUUGAUCAUCAAGAAGUGUUGCAAAACUUGUUAAAAAUAUAAUAUGUAAACAGCUACCCAAACUUUGGCCUGGACAACUACUCCACUUCAAGCUAGCUGCAGUUGAAUGAAUGAGCGGAUUGACCGUUCUCAAUUCAUCUUCAAUAACAUUUGGAGAAGCAUGUAAGAUUUAUAGUAGCUACUCAACUUCAGCUAGAACAUCCACUUAAAAUUCAAUCAGUUAAGGUUGAAUAGGUUGGAGAUAUGAACAGCUUCCAGUGUCACACACCUAGAAGAAAAAUACAUUUUGCAUAGAGCAAAAUAUGAGCUCAUGGUUGAUCUUCAGGAGCAUCUACAGAAUCACUUUAAAAGUGUGUUUCAUCUGGCAUUCUAUGGGUUCAUGGUAAAGGUGCAUAAAGAUAAUAAAGAAUAACAUAAUAGUUGUUGGUUAUUGGUACACUAAGCUCAUUCCCUAGCCAGCCAAAGUUGAAUAUGUUUGAGAUAUUAGCCACCUCCAGUGUCAUGCCCAAAGGCAAGACAUCCUCUGCAGAGAGCUAGAUCAUCAUAGACCAUUAGAGAUACUCUAUGUUCAGUCAUAUUUGUUAUGAGCGAGUACAAUCAGAAGAACACAAGUUACCUCCUGUGACACAUUCAGAAUGAUACAAUCAAGAUUAGAUGCUUGUUAAAGGGACUUGGUAAUAUUGUUCAGAUGAGAGAAAGUGGUGCUGAGGUAGUGAUUUCAAUGCUAGAUGUAUAAUUAAAGAUAACCUGAAAGUUUGA